GAGGUAGAAGAUGUUACACCUCCUAAGGAUGAUGAAGUACAAGAUGUAACACCUGCUCAGGAUGAUGAAGUAGAAGAUGAUCAGGCUGAGAAGUCAAUGUCUGAAGAAGAUAAAGACGAUGAAGAGGAUGUCAAUGGGAAAGAGGAUGAAGAAGAUGGCGAUGUCAAUGGGAAAGAGAAUGAAGAAGAUGGAGAUCUCAAUGGGAAAGAGAAUGAAGAAGAACCGGCCAAUAUGGAAGAUGAUGGAGUUCUUAAUGAGAAAGGGAACGAAGAGGAAGCUUGCGAAGAAGAAGCUCGCGAUAUGGAAGAAGAUGGCACUGCGCAAGAUGAUGAGAUUCCUAGUACUGAAGGAGUUGAGCUAGCAGGGGAGGAAGUUUCAAAAAAAAUAAAAGAGGACCUACAAAGUUGCGUAGAGUGGCUGAAAAUCCCAAUGAUAAGAUUAUGGUCACAUUCAAUGACAUUGGUGAGCAUGUUGGACCUGGUUCAGUAACCCUAUCGUCGUUUCUUGGUCCUCUUGUGAGGGAACAUGUUCCGGUUACACUUGCCGAUUGGAGAAAACUUGAUGCAGCGACUAAAGCAACAAUGUGGGAAGAAAUUCAGGUUUGUAUAUAUAUUAGUAUGUUUUGUUUAACCGCAAGAUGAAAUUAUAAACAUGUUUAACUUGAUUAUUGUGAUGCAGGGGAGGUUUAACUUGCAAGAAGAGUGGCAGAAAGCUGUUAUUUUCAAGCAGCUGGGAAAUGUGUGGAGGGCUGGGAAGUCAAGGCUGGUGUCACAAGUACGUGUGGCGAAGACUGCAGCUGAGAGAAUAGCUUUAAAACCGAGCAACAUCCCAUCCCUUCAACUGUGGAACACUUGGGUUAAGAGUAAGACUACCAAAUCUUUCACAGAAACGAGUAACAAGUACAGAGCGAUGAGAAGAAAUCAGAUUCCUCACACCACCAGCCGCAAAGGAAUGCUUCGUUUAGCUGAUGAUAUGGUAAAAGAGUAGUCAAACAUCUACAUAUUGUAGAUCAGCUUGUUAGAUUAAAAUGGUAGUGAGAUAUGUUUGUUUUCAUAUAGAAAAAAAAGAGUAAAGACCCAAGUAAGGUGAGUAGAUCCAAGGUUUGGAUUGCGGGACACACUCAUGCUGAUGGCAGACCUGUGAAGCCCCAGUUUGCUGAGACUAUUGUAAGCAUUAUGGAAGUUGUAUAUUGUGUAUAGUUAAUAGACUAUGGCAAUGAAUGAUUUUGUGUUUAAAUGAUUGUAUCAGGAACAAAUACAGUCACUUGACAGUCGGAUGGACUCCACAUCAGCUGCUGAUAACAUAAGGGAAGAUGCUGUGAGCAAGGUUUUGGGAAAAGACAAACCUGGACGAGUAAGGGGCUUUGGUAGAGGGAUUACAGCUAAUAAGCUAGCAUAUCUGCAAUUUAGAGACGCUAAGAUUGCAGAAAUGAAAAGUGAGAUUGAAGAGUUAAAGGGGAUGGUGCGAGAAUUAGCUGAGAAGAAGAAAAGUAAUGUUGAUGCUGAAACAUCUGAGAGUAGUGGUGGAUUCAAAGAAGGAGUCAGAGUACAAAUACUGGAUUGGAUUGAAUCAGAGGAUGUUGUUGUUGGUGAAGGAGAAUUCUGCUCUGCUGAACCGAAGUACAAAAUUGGUCGUAUACCAAUUGGUCCUAAUGCAGUGGCUAUCGUAGUUAAGUAUGCACUAAGCGCAUCAGCUUCACUCUGGAGGCCUACUACGGAUGUGUUAACUCUUGAUGAAGCUGUGGGAUACAAGAUAUCUUGGCCAAUGGAUAAAGUGAUUUUGGAUAAGGAUCCAAACUGUUCUGAAGAUUUAUCUAUGGUAAAUUUUCAAAUCUUGUUUUCUUCUUACAACAAUUGAGUCAUCUCUAAUCAUUACUAAAAUUUCUAAUUUCAAAUCUUGUUUUAGCAAAGCAAGGAAGGUGAAUAUCGAAGAUGCAAGAUAUAUGAUUGGACCAAU